AUUCCUCCAGUCCCAGCCCAGCCAAGAACCGGUCGGGCGUGGUGACUGGGCGGGGCAUUACCCUGGGCAUGCUGAUGGCUGAUGGAUUUGAGUCUGGAGAUGGCCUGCUCACAAUUGACUACCUGGGAAGGAAGUUCACAGCUGAUCUGAUGGAGAAUGGCAAGAUCAAAUGGUCAGGCCAGGAGUUUAACUCCCCCAGCGCCUGGGCAAUACACAUCAAAAAGCUGGUCAACCCUGCCAAGAAAUCAGGCUGUGGUUGGGCCUCUGUGAAAUAUAAGGGCAAGAAGUUGGACCUUCUCAAGUCAACGUGGUUCAGCCAGAUGAAGAUCAGCAUGCCUGGAUUUGAAGACGUGGCCGAUAUUCCAGACGGUGAGAAUGGGUAUACGAACGGCCACACUGGGGAAGACAUGGAGGAUGAGAAAGAUGAUGAGGAUGAAUCCACAGAAGUCCUGCAGAUAAACCCAACCCUCCUACAUCCCAAGCUUCAGAAUCACCCAGAAGCCUUUGACCCUACCCUGCCAGAUGCAGCACAGUCAGCAGUAAAAGUCUGUGGGACCUUGCUGCAUGGCGCCAUCAACACCAGUGCAUUAACUGGCAAUUGUAUGGCGCACCCAUUGAAGAAUCCAGACCUGAAUGAGCGGAGAGUGGUCAAAUAUGCAGAUAUCACAAAAGAGGAUCUUGAAAGGAGUCCCAAUACGUUAGUUGAGUGUCUUCCAUUUAAUUCUGUGGGCAGAAUGCAGCCUUUCACUGUCUCAACCACGACAAAUUGCCUUCUUGUAAUGGAUUUCCACUGUCAUCUGACUACCAGUGAAGUUGUUGGUUACCUAGCAGGGAAAUGGGAUCCAAAUACACAACAUAUGUCAGUGCUACAAGCAUAUCCCUGCAGAUGUCGACUAGCAGACAAGAAUAAGGCUUCCAUUGUUGAAGAAGAGAUUCGCCAAGCAAUAGCAUUACGAGGUCUGCAAUUGGUCGGCUGGUACCACAGUCAUCCCUGCUACCCCGCACAACCCUCCUUGAAAGACAUUCAAACCCAGAUGGAUUACCAGCUACAAAUGAAAGGCGAGGGUACGGUCUAUCAGCCCUGCCUAGCUCUUAUAUGUGCGCCCUUCAACCUGAACAAGCCACAGAAAGAAUCUAGUCUCAAAUCAUUCUGGGUAAUGCCACAAAUAGAGGACCGAGGUCGUAGCUGUAGAGGAAUGCCAAUGACAAUGAAUUUCAACUGGCAGUCUGAUAUAUUCCUAACCCAGGAGAUAUUACUAGAAAUGAAAUACCUGGUAGACUUUUACAAGGACAGUCCUGAUAUGGUGCAAUUCUCUGAGCUCUGGUUCAAAUCUGAUACAUUCCUAGACAAACUCAGGCUUCUCUGGCCAAGAAGUUUCCCAAAGACCAGACAGACGGGAGACUACUGGAAUACAUCCACAACCUUCUAG